GCCGGCAAGGUGGUACGCAAUCCCUGCUUUUGGUUAUGUAGACCCCCUUUUUGAUCAGAGCACUGCGCAAUCGCAGCAGGAUCUUCUGGUUAGAGUAUCCAUUUUGAUCACAUAACUUCUAAGAUCAAAGAUGGCAGAUAUCGAGGACACCCACUUCGAGACUGGAGACUCUGGAGCUUCCGUAACGUAUCCUAUGCAAUGUUCUGCAUUACGUAAAAAUGGUUUCGUCAUGUUGAAAUCUCGACCUUGCAAAAUUGUGGAGAUGUCCACUUCCAAGACCGGAAAACACGGUCACGCCAAGGUCCACCUUGUGGGCAUCGAUAUAUUUAGCUCCAAGAAAUACGAAGAUAUUUGCCCUUCCACACACAACAUGGACGUGCCAUUUGUUAAACGGGAAGAUUAUCAGCUAACAGAUAUAUCCGACGACGGCUAUUUGUGCCUGAUGGCCGACAACGGAGACCUCCGUGAGGAUCUGAAGAUACCCGACGGAGAAUUGGGAACUCAGUUACGUGCAGAUUAUGAUGCAGGAAAAGAAUUAUUGUGCACCGUGCUGAAAGCAUGUGGCGAAGAAGUUGUUAUCGCCAUCAAAACCAACACUGCCCUCGACAAAUAAUUGUGUUCAGUUUCAACCGUUUACAACCAACUACCCGCUUAGCCAAUCGAUACCUUUCCAUUGGUAAAAAAAGAAACAAGAGAACGAGUCACCACAGAAUAUUGCCAACAAUAUCAACAACAGCAGCGGAGAGAAACAACUUUUUAACAAAGUAACACCUACUUACAUACUACCCAGGCAUACACUAAAGUUUCAAAGUAAUGUGCGUGAGUAUGGACUGAGCCAAUGCAUUUUGCGAUAUCGUCUUAGACGUACAUACACACAAAUACACGUUUGUUAGACAGACAUAUGGCGACAACUUUUCAUCAAGAAAUAAAUUGGAAAAGCCUUCGUACAUCCUAGAUUUUUGUAUUCUAAAAGAUUGCAUUAUUUAAAGUAUACUGUCAAGCUGAUUGCAAAAUUUCUGUAACUCGUUACACGUUUGGAGGUAAAUAUAUGUUUUUCUAAAAAAAGCCUCCGCGAGGUCUACUGAACGGAACAAUUUUUUCUACAAAUUUUCUUAAACGAGUCACCAGCGAUUUUAAGUUUCAAUACAAUCAUCACUUUAUCCCAAUUAUCGAUAGUUUUUGUAAAAAAAAAAAAAAUAUAUACUAUAAAUAUAUAAUCGAAAUCAAGGCUGUUGUCGCUUCGCGGUAGAACUGAGAAUGUUUUGUUGAUUUUAUAACGAAAUAACUUUCUCAGUAGAGCGGACACUUUACUACGACUGUUUUAUAAAAUGAUGAAUAAACAGAAAAAGCUGAAAA